AUGUCUAAGUUGCCAGCUUGCCUAAAUGCCACCGAGGAGGAUAUUAGAUAUCUACUUGCUGCCCAGGCACAUAUUGGUGCCAAGAAUCUAAAUGUGAAAAUGAUUCCGUACGUGUGGAAGCGUCGCCCUGAUGGCAUCCACAUAAUCAACAUAGGAAAGACAUGGGAAAAGCUCGUCCUCGCGGCACGCAUAAUUGCUGCAAUCGAAAACCCAUCCGAUGUAGUAGUCAUCUCUGCUCGUCCAUAUGGCCAAAGAGCAGCACUCAAAUUCGCUUCAUACACAGGAGCUCAGGCAAUUGCUGGAAGAUUCACUCCAGGCACAUUCACCAAUUACAUAACGCGUUCGUUCAAAGAACCUCGUUUGAUCAUAGUCACUGACCCACGUACCGACCAUCAGGCUAUCAAAGAGGCUUCUUACGUCAACAUCCCGGUUAUCGCUCUAGCCGAUACAGACUCUCCGAUGAGAUUUGUCGAUAUCGCUAUUCCAGCCAAUAACAAAGCCAAGCAUUCUAUUGGAUUGUUGUACUGGAUGUUGGCCAGAGAAGUUAAACGUUUGAAGAAUGAAAUCUCCCGUGACAAACCAUGGGAUGUAAUGGUUGAUAUGUUCUUCUAUCGUGAUCCUGAGGAAACGGAAAAAGAUACUGAAGCUUUGGCACCUACCGAGAAAACUCCUCCUACAUUUAAUAUGACUGACAGCAAUUGGGAUACUGAGAAUGUUAGCAAUGAUUGGGAAGCAACCGGUACUGCUGCCAUUGGAGGUGUCAAUCCAUCGAUAGUCGCUGCGAUCGCCACAAAUAAUCCAGCAAGCAGUGGAUGGGAUAUGCCUGAUACGGAAGAAACUGGUGGUGGCUGGGGAGACACUACCGGAACGUUUACCGCAGUCAGCGAACCACCAUUUACCGCAGUAAGUGAACCAUUUGCCGAGCCACCUGUUCCCGUGGAGCCACCACCAACAUCUGUGUUUGAUGAGAGCACAUUCGACACUAGUGGAGGCGAUUGGGCUGAUGAGCCUACAAACAAUCCUUCUAGCGGAUGGGAUUAA